GUGUCAGAGAAUAUGACUAAAGUUUUUUUUAUAAUUGAAUGCAUUUUUAGAUUAUUAUUUGACCUGUUCCUGUAUGCUUAAGUUGUGAUGAUUUCAUAUCUGAAAGAAACACAUUAAAAUACUGCUUUAUGUACAGAAAUUUUGCCGUUUGCGUUAUGUGCAAGAAACAGUCUUUCCUAGACAGGCAACUUCCUUCUGUUACAAAACAACUUCCGGGAUACGUUAGGAACCGUCUCCAGACUUCCGUUUCCGUUGGCUUGUUGCUAGGGGAACCAGAACACUCACCAAUCUUGACAGUUAUGGCGGGGCUGAGCAGCUCGCAGAUCCCCGACGGUGAGUUCACGGCCGUGGUCUACCGGCUCAUCCGCGACUCCCGCUACUCAGAGGCGGUGCAGCUGCUGGCCGCCGAGCUGCAGAGGAGCCCCCGCAGCCGCGCCGGGCUGUCGCUGCUGGCCUACUGCUACUACCGCCUGCAGGAGUUCGAGCUCGCUGCAGAGUGCUAUGAGCAGCUGAGCCAGAUGCACCCGGAACUCGAGCAGUACCGCCUCUACCAGGCCCAGGCGCUGUACAAGGCCUGCCUGUAUCCCGAGGCCACGCGGGUCGCCUUCCUCCUGGACAACCCCACCUAUCAGACUCGCGUCCUUCGUCUCCAGGCUGCUAUCAAGUACAGCGAGGGCGACCUGCCAGGAGCCAGGAGCCUGGUGGAGCAGCUGCUGAGUGGGGAGGCUGGAGAAGACAGUGGAGGAGAGAAUGACCCAGAUGGUUUGGUCAACAUGGGCUGUCUGCUCUACAAGGAGGGACACUAUGAAGCUGCCUGCUCCAAGUUCUUUGCAGCACUGCAGGCCUCUGGCUACCAGCCUGAUGUAUCUUACAACCUGGCUUUAGCUUGUUACAGCAACAGGCACUAUGCCCCUGCUCUGAAGCAUAUAGCCAACAUCAUAGAGAGAGGCAUCCGUCAGCACCCAGAGCUAGGUGUGGGCAUGACCACCGAAGGCAUAGAUGUCCGAAGUGUUGGCAACACCGUAGUCCUUCACCAGACGGCACUGGUCGAAGCCUUCAACCUCAAGGCAGCCAUAGAGUACCAGCUGAGAAACUACGAGGCCGCCCAGGAAGCCCUCACUGACAUGCCGCCCAGGGCAGAGGAAGAGUUGGACCCUGUGACCCUGCACAACCAGGCUCUGAUGAACAUGGAUGCCAGACCUACGGAGGGGUUUGAGAAGCUCCAGUUCCUGCUCCAGCAGAACCCCUUUCCCCCAGAGACCUUCGGCAACCUGCUGCUGCUCUACUGUAAAUAUGAGUACUUUGACCUGGCAGCUGAUGUCCUGGCAGAGAAUGCCCAUUUGACGUACAAGUUCCUCACGCCCUAUCUCUAUGACUUCUUGGAUGCCAUGAUCACUUGCCAGACGGCUCCUGAAGAGGCUUUCAUAAAGCUGGAUGGGCUAGCUGGCAUGCUGACUGAGCAGCUCAGGAGACUCACUAAGCAAGUUCAGGAAGCAAGGCACAACAGAGAUGAUGAAAUUGUCAUAAAAGCUGUCAAUGAAUACGAUGAAACUCUCGAGAAGUAUAUCCCUGUCCUGAUGGCCCAGGCAAAAAUCUACUGGAAUCUUGAAAACUAUCCCAUGGUGGAGAAGAUCUUCCGCAAAUCUGUGGAAUUCUGCAAUGACCAUGAUGUGUGGAAGCUGAAUGUGGCCCACGUUCUCUUCAUGCAGGAAAACAAGUACAAAGAGGCCAUCGGCUUCUAUGAGCCCAUCGUCAAGAAGAACUACGACAACAUUCUGAGUGUCAGCGCCAUUGUCCUAGCCAACCUCUGCGUCUCCUACAUUAUGACAAGUCAGAAUGAGGAAGCCGAGGAGCUGAUGAGGAAGAUUGAGAAGGAGGAAGAGCAACUCUCAUAUGGUGACCCAGACAAGAAAAUCUACCACCUCUGCAUUGUGAACUUGGUGAUAGGAACCCUCUAUUGUGCCAAAGGAAACUAUGACUUUGGUAUCUCCAGGGUUAUCAAAAGCCUGGAGCCUUACCAUAAAAAGCUAGGAACUGACACGUGGUAUUAUGCCAAAAGAUGCUUCCUGUCCUUGCUAGAAAACAUGUCAAAACAUACGAUCAUGCUGAGGGACACUGUUGUUCAAGAAUGUGUCCAGUUUCUAGAGCACUGUGAAAUUUUUGGCAGAAACAUCCCUGCUGUUAUUGAACAGCCUUUGGAGGAAGAGAGAAUGCACAUUGGGAAGAAUACAGUCACAUAUGAGUCCAGACAGUUGAAAGCGUUGAUUUAUGAGAUCAUAGGGUGGAAUAUGUAGUUACUUCUGAAAAGACUUUUUCAAAUCUAUAUUUUCCUUUUUUUGUUUUCCUGUGCAUUUUUAUAUUUCUUUCAGGUUUGACUCAGUAUACUUAAAACUAUAACAGUCUUCCACCCUUGUAGCCAUAGUGUGAUAUAGGCGCCCACAUCUUGCUGGUAGACACCCUCCACAGUUGCUGCAGCGACAUCUCUGCAGAGGCAUAGCGCAUUGUUUUGUCUUUGAGCUGUAAAGAGAACUUUGCCUCAGUAACUAGUAUACCAUCUGAGGUGCCUGCCUUGUAGGCCAUGUUGCUGAGACACAGCAAACCAUCUGUCCAUCAGCAAA